AUGAGCAGAUUUAACCCGCCUCUGCCCAAUCCGCGAUGCACGCCCCAUGUCUGGAAGUACUCGGAUAUUAAGCCGGCACUCUUACAGGCGGGCCGCCUUGUAUCGGAGCAACAGGCCGAGCGUAGGGUUUUGAUGUUUGUGAAUCCAUCAAGGGACGCGUCUUACACCACAGAUACCCUGUACGCUGGGCUGCAGCUAGUUAUGCCCAACGAGACGGCCAAAGCUCACCGUCAUACUGCCUUUGCUAUGCGCUUCAUCAUUGAAGGCAUUGGCGGCUUCACUGCAGUCCAUGGCAAGCGCAUCCAGAUGACCCGUGGAGAUGUCUUGUUAACUCCAAGCUGGAAUGGGCAUGAUCAUGGAAAAGACGGAUCCGGCCCGAUGAUCUGGCUCGACGGCUUAUAUUUGCCUAACUUCACUCACUUUCCCGUUCAUUUCGUGGAGCACUACUCAUCUCCGCGGUAUCCCGCAGAGGAUGUUGAUACGUCUCAGUCACCAACCGUCUUCCCUUGGUGUAGAACGAAAGCAGCAUUAGACUCCUAG